GCUUUACUAUGAACCUCAAUGGAGACUGUAUAGGAACUUGCGCGAAUGCAGGCUUUUAAUUUAUAACACGAAGUUAGGUUUUUACUAGCAGCACCACCACCAGAUCUGUGGUUCACAAUUUGACAGAUAAUUUCAAGUCUUAAAAACAAGAAGCGGGCAGACCUUGAAGUUUGUCUACAAGUGUUUUGAAUGAGGAACUCGUCUCAGGCUAACGUUAUGUAGCAAGCUAAUCUCAAUCAUCCAUUCGUAAACUCAGCGAUCGCUUCACAAUCUGUUCCAACUGUUACAGCUCACACAAAGGCAUGACCGAGUACAAACUUGUGGUGGUCGGGGCAGGAGGUGUGGGGAAGAGCGCGCUCACCAUCCAGCUCAUCCAGAACCACUUCGUUGAUGAGUAUGAUCCAACCAUCGAGGACUCGUACAGAAAACAGGUGGUGAUUGAUGGAGAGACGUGUCUGUUGGACAUCCUGGACACGGCAGGUCAGGAGGAGUACAGCGCCAUGCGGGAUCAGUACAUGAGGACAGGGGAGGGCUUCCUCUGUGUGUUUGCCAUCAACAACAUCAAGUCCUUCGAGGACGUUCACCUCUACAGAGAGCAGAUCAACAGGGUGAAGGACAGUGACAGCGUCCCCAUGGUGCUGGUGGGGAACAAGAGCGACCUGGGUACCCGCACGGUGGAGACGCGGCAGGCGCAGGAGCUUGCACGAAGCUAUGGGGUGCCGUUUGUCGAGACCUCUGCCAAAACCAGACAGGGCGUGGAGGAGGCUUUCUAUUCACUAGUGCGGGAGAUUAGAAGAUAUAAAGAGACCAACCGUAGCAACAAGAAGAGCAAGAAGAACACUCAGAGACGUUGCAUAAUACUAUAGCAAACCACACACACACAAGCAUCCCGUACUUGUUUCAUGCUCCUCUUCACACACUGCACCUCCUCUGUCACGGUGAAGACGUCUAGCACAGCUCCGGGGACAGGGAAGCAGACGUGGCAAAAUCCAUUUUCUACUGCUGUCAGUUUCCACUGAAAAGUAUGCGACCACAAGAUUGUGCAUUCAUCCAUCCACUGUGCAGUGUUCAGUUAACGCUGUGAAUUCAUUUGAUUUUUGUUUUGAUGAUCUAGAAACAUCUCGAAACUGCAGUUUUAAGUUGAGUUUAUAUUUUCUUUAACUUUUUCUGUGGUAGAAAGACGAAACUAAAUGAGAAUUUAAUUCUCUUUUUUCUAGUUGUCAUUUUCCGGCCAGUGUUUUUACACUCAGCUCCUGUUGACUAUUCAGGGGUCGAGGGUUCACAGUGGUGCUUCACUGCACUUUGCACUGUUACGUCUCCAAAAAUAUUUUAGUACUCAACAAAUCGUUUAGCGUGGUGAAAUUGAAAUGAAGUCCAGCAAAUAAAAUGAAAACGGUGUCAUAUUGACGAGGAUACUGUUUUACUGUGAAAACAUUUUGCUUCCAGACAGAUUACUUUUUAAUAGGUUAGUGUGUCCUCCGGGCUUGAAACAGAAGUAUCUGCUUUUUUAUUUUUCUCCGUAUGUCCAUAUUUCAGUGGAACAGCUGUCUUAAGAUAGGCCCCCCACAGCAACAAAGCCUUAGAGUUGUGUUCCAGCCUCCGAGGUGCACUUUAUUAAUUUCCUGUUAUGUUUAUUGUAGAAUUUGGGAUUAGUUGGUGCCAUUUUAAAAGUUUACUCAGGAAUAUAGUGUUUUGAGGAACUGAGGAAUAACAAGGCCAAGAGCUGUUUCAAAUGAUUGGUUGAGAUGUGAUGCCUGUGCCCUUCACUUCACACCAUCAUUAACUUGUUUGAAGUGUCCACCCUGCUUUUCGUUCCACACAGUCACACUGUACUCCAAAGUCCACUUUUAAUGCAAUUUAUAGGUCAGUCCCAGUGUCAGGUCACUCUGUCCAGGCACUGUUUACGCUCCAGCACACUGCACCAGAGUAUGUAGCAUGUACAAACAUCUCUGUGGUACACAUUAAAACCGCACUGAUGCUGCAGCCAGUGGUUUAAUCGGUGGGAAAUCUCCAGAGCUCGGACACAGCAGCAGUUAUCUGAUCAUAGGGCUUUUUUUUAAGCAGUGUUUGUCUUCUUUGAUAAUUACAUCACCCUAAGUGUAAUGGAUUGUUAUAUUUCUGUUUUUGUAGCAUUACAACAGCUUUCCCCUACAUUUGUAUUAAGAACCUGCCACCCAUAUAUUUGCUAAAGUUAUAUCAGUGUUCAAUGAGCUAACUCUAGAUGCAUCCGGCUAAUAGGUGAUUCCAUACAUGAAGGAUUACCACUGUGUGAUGGUGUCAAACCGGCAGCUUCCAAAUGCCCGUCUCAUGAUCUGGACUUCAUGUAGUUACAUUGUUAAAAUAUAGAGCAACUCAAAAAAUAUACUUGAGCCAAACAAGUCUCUGACUGACAGCUGAAUUUUUAAUGCACUCUGCUGUAAAGAACAAGUAAAUGUCUUAAACCUUUA